CCGCACUUGGGGUACACGCGCUUCAACUUCGGUUGGUGUGUGUCGAAGAAACCCGACAGCGACCAGCGGAGAAGUCCACCGAGCCUCGCGGAAAGUCCGCUGAGCAGCUCCGUCCGCUCUCCGGGCGGCGGAGCACCCAGCGGGUCCCACGCCUGGCCAGGUGUGGGACUCGGGCUUCCUGUCUUCGCAGAGGAGUCCUCGCGUGGUGAGUAUGCGAAACAAGCGGGUUUUGAAAACAAAGAGGAGGAGGGGUGGAAGAGGGCGCCACGAUCCAGGCCGCCAACCUCAGAGGAGUGGAGCGACACCGACACCUGGGAGGUCCCCUCCCACCCCAGCAGUUCUCAUGGGUCCCGCUGACUGCCCACCACCGCCUCCUCCCCCUCCCCCCAACAACAACAACAAUAACAACAACAGCAACUCCAGACCCAGUGGCCACAAGAGCCCCUGCGUGCCCAACAUGACCGAACGCAGGCGGGACGAGCUCUCUGAAGAGAUCAGUAACUUGAGAGAGAAGGUCAUCCGGCAGUCAGAGAACAGCAACCUGCAGAACCAGGUGCAGAAACUCACCGAGGAGAACGGCACUCUCUGCGAGCAGGUGGAACCGACCUCUCAGGAUAACCAGGAUGACAUCGAGCUGCAAGGUGCUGCAGCGGCUGCUGUCCCGUCCACCCCCACCGAGGAAGAGUGCCCAGAAGACUUUCCUGAGAAGUUUGAUGGCAACCCCGACACGCUGUCUCCUUUCAUGUCCCAGUGCCAGAUCUUUAUGGAGAAGGGCACCAGAGAUUUCUCAGUUGACCGUAUCCGGGUCUGCUUCGUGACAAGCAUGUUGACCGGCCGUGCUGCCCGCUGGGCUUCCGCAAAGCUGGAGCGAUCCAACUACCUGAUGCACAACUACCCAGCCUUCAUGAUGGAAAUGAAGCAUGUCUUUGAAGACCCCCAGAGGCGUGAGGCUGCCAAACGCAAGAUCAGACGUCUGCGCCAAGGCAUGGGGUCUGUCAUCGACUAUUCCAACGCUUUCCAGAUGAUUGCCCAGGACCUGGAUUGGAAUGAGCCUGCGCUGAUUGACCAGUACCACGAGGGCCUCAGUGACCGCAUUCAGGAGGAGCUGUCCCACCUCGAGGUUGCCAAGUCCCUGUCUGCCCUGAUCGGCCAGUGCAUUCACAUCGAGAGGAGGCUGGCCAGAGCCGCUGCUGCCCGCAAGCCCCGCUCCCCACCCCGGGCGCUGGUCCUGCCUCACCACCACCAGGUCGAUCCCACCGAGCCCAUUGGAGGCGCCCGCAUGCGCCUCACCCAGGAGGAGAAGGAAAGGCGCCGCAAGCUCAACCUCUGCCUCUACUGUGGAAACGGAGGGCACUAUGCCGACAACUGUCCUGCCAAGGCCUCCAAGUCUUCACGCGGGAAACUCCCCGGCCCCGCUGUAGAGGGACCAUCAGCGACCGGGCCAGAAAUCCUAAGGUCCCAAGAUGAUUCACUAUCACCCCACUUACAAGUAAUGCUCCAGAUCCAUCUCCCAGGCAGACACACCCUGUUCGUCCGAGCCAUGGUCGAUUCGGGUGCUUCCGGCAACUUCAUCGAUCACGAAUACGUUGCCCAAAACAGAAUUCCCCUGAGAGUCAAGGACUGGCCAAUACUCGUGGAGGCAAUCGAUGGGCGCCCCAUCGCAUCAGGCCCGAUUGUCCACGAAACCCACAACCUGAUAGUCGACCUGGGAGAUCACCGCGAGGUGCUGUCCUUCGAUGUGACCCAGUCUCCAUUUUUUCCCAUUGUCCUGGGGGUUCGCUGGCUGAGCACACAUGAUCCCAACAUCACCUGGAGCACUGGAUCUAUCCUGUUCGACUCCGAGUACUGCCGAUAUCACUGCCGGAUGUUUUCUCCAAUACCUCCAUCACUGCCACCACCAGCGCCCCACCCAUCGCUUUAUUACCCAGUGGAUGGGUACAGAGUUUACCAACCAGUGAGAUACUACUACGUCCAGAAUGUGUACACUCCAGUAGAUGAACACGUCUACCCAGAUCACCGGCUGGUUGAUCCCCGCAUUGAGAUGAUCCCUGGAGCACACAGCAUCCCCAGCGGACACGUGUAUUCACUGUCCGAACCCGAGAUGGCAGCUCUUCGCAACUUUGUGGCCAGAAAUGUGAAGGAUGGUCUGAUCACCCCAACAAUUGCACCAAACGGAGCUCAGGUUCUCCAGGUGAAGAGGGGGUGGAAGCUGCAGGUAUCUUAUGAUUGCCGAUCUCCAAACAAUUUCACUAUCCAGCAUCAGUAUCCUUGCCUGACUAUUCCAAAUUUAGAUGACCAAGCACACCUGGCAACGUAUACCGAGUAUAUUCCUGAAAUUCCUGGAUACCAGUCAUACCCUGCAUAUGCCAACUACCCUACCUACCCAGUGGGAUUUGCAUGGUACCCAGUGGGACGAGAUAAUCAAGGAAGAGCUCUCUAUGUCCCUGUCAUGAUCACUUGGAAUCCACACUGGUACCGUCAGCCUCCAGUACCCCAGUAUCCGCCCCCACAGCCACCACCCCCACCACCGCCGCCUCCACCACCUCCCUCCUACAGUACAUUGUAAAUACCUGUCAUGUUCUUCAGGGUCUCCGCCCUCAAAGUUUAUUCCUGUGCAACUUCUCUGUAACUGUGCAAAAUUGAGUGACUAUAUCUUUAGGCCACCUGAGGCAUAUCGUCUCUGAAAGGCUACGGACAGUCAGGGCCACCUUGAUUGAACUGGUACACAUUCUAAAGCACUAAAUGACCCUCAGCAAUUCUGGGAGCAACAGAAUACCAACAAAUUAUCUCUCAGUUUUGAGCCUUGACUGCCAAUAUGUUUACCGUUGCCUGGCAUUUACCUGGGGAAACUUCUGUCACCAUCUAAAUUAUAGGCUGCCAAAUUUCUUUACAGAAAAGCUGAUGCACACACAGGAAAUCAUGAUUUCUUCAUGGAGGGGGAGAUAAGACGAAGGAAGACAUGACCUUUCUUGCAGUUUUGGUCCUUUACAGUAUUGGAGACCAACGCCUUAUAAAGGAAGCCACAAUUAACUGGUGCAGUGUGGAAAGGCUUCCGUGAUUCUCUUGCUGCACCCAUGGAAACUUCACCAUCUUCGAACUCCACUUUCAUGAUUCCUUAAUUCUCAAGGAACAGCAACUGGACUGGUUCUCCUAGGAGCAGGUAAACCCCCUGCAACAUGGAGCACCUCAGGCCUGAAAAGGAAGUGCUCUCUCAGACAGACUUGCAUGUUAAAGAGUGUGCCUUCACAUCCUGGUGCAAAUCACAUGUACCCAAGAGCUCUGGCUUUGACACAACAUCUGUCACCAUGCCAGUAAUGGCUCCCAUACAGUGUUAGCCUGGCAAGCAGAGACUGCCAGUAGCUCCAGGCAUGUUAGGUCUUUGUCACCACCUCUCAAUCAUGUCUGAGGGCUAAAAGUAACAAAUCAAAAGGACUUCUAAGUCCUGUACCCAACUCUUAAAGGUACUGGUACUUCAGAAAGAAUUUUCACAAGUGUUGUCAAUUGGCUGAAUUUUUGAAGCAUCUGCCUGUGACUCUGCCAUCUGCAUCUGGGCAUUCCACCCCUUCAUCCGAUGAAGCAUUAGGAUGUUUAGAGAGGGGAAAUGAUUUAGCACCCAAACCUGUGCAUGGGAGGAAUUAGAGCUCUGGGCACUGCCUAAAUGACCAGAGUCUGACAAGAAGCUGCCAAUGGAUGAGAGGCCUCAGUCACACGACUCAGUCCAGUUAUACUUCUGUGUCUCGUGGGUGCUUUGUGCUGAGCUGGGACUGCCUCACCAUCUUUUAGCCUGGUCCCUUGCUACUGCCUUGACCCAUUUGUCUACCCUCUCUCUUUCUUGAAUUCUGUACUACUGCCAUUAAUCCUGCUGCAGGAUCUGUGUCACCUUCCUGCCCGGUUGCUGAGACUCCAUGCUGCUGCCAUACACGGAGGCAGGCUCGAGGAAGUACAUGUUUCAACAUGCGGAGUCUCCAAUUGCCAAAUCAGGUUGAGCAGUAGGAAACCACAUGCUUUACAUUUCUAAUUGCCAGCCAUGAAGCAGAGUCUUUACGGUGAAGUUUCUUUUUCCAUCAGCAUCACCUUUCACAUCCUCAUUACCAUUUCCCCUUAUCCCUGCAUGUUUAAAUACAUCCGAGUUUUAGCUGUACUAGCAUCCUUUGACGGUGUUUCAAAGUGGUGACUAUGCUUUCAGAAAUUUCCAUUGAAUUACAAAGUACUAUUCUUAUUUAAACUGAGUAAAGAUGACAUAGAAUAUUUCCCUACUGUGAAUUUCUUACAGCACUGUGAAUGAGAGGUUUCCCAGAAGUGGAGUGUUUGUAAAAUAGUUUAUCUUGUUCAUCCUCAAUCUUCAAUUUUAAUAUCAU